AUGAGCAUCCCCCUUUGAAUACGCAAGAUAAGUCAUGAUUGCGAGCCGCGGAGUACGAGCCUGCGGCCUACCGCUGGGAGAACUUCGCUCUGGUCAUGCAUGCGCCACCCACGAGGUGCGCGAUUUGCAGCUGUAGGGACAGAGGACAGAAAACAUGCGUCAGCGGUGGUUUCCAAAAUUCUCGCGAGGAUAUUCUUCAAUCCCGCCUUCGUGAGCAGCGCCAGGGUCCAGAGGAGCAUCGGGAAGUCGUGUCUUGAAUGUCAAAGCCUCGUCCAACCAGCAGCACCGAAAGGAAUGAGGCGACUCCUGUCAACGGGGAUUAGGCUGCGCGUCCUUACGCGCAAAUUCUGCUCAAUUCCGGAAAACCUUUUCGAAGCGUCCGAUGGAACUACCUUAAACUCCAUCGCGCCGUUUUUCAGAGUUACACAAAACUUCGUCACCGAAGACGAAGAAGCCAGACUUUUGUCUGAAAUCGAACCUCAUUUCAAACGAUUGCGAUACGAGCAUAAUCAUUGGGAUGGGGCCAUCGUCGGCUAUCGCGAGGUGGAGCGGAAGAAAUGGUCAGAAGACUGUCAAAUGAUUCUGAAUCGCGUCCGAGAGACUUCUUUCGCGUCAGACGCCAAGCACCUACCAAUGGUCCAUUGUUUGGAUGUCGCGAAGGAUGGCGAAAUCUUACCACAUGUAGACGCAGUUCGAUUCUGCGGAGACACGCUGGCAGGCUUGUCCCUGAUUUCUACCGCAGUCAUGAAAUUAGCUCUAGAGAAAGAUCCUUCGAAAUGGGUGAAAAUUCUGCUUCCACGGAGAAGUUUGUACGUCAUGUCAGGAGUGGCGCGAUACGAUUACACCCACGCCAUUCUGGGAGAUAAAGAAUCUUAUCUCCGCGAGCGCCCUGUUCCCCGAGAGAGGCGGAUAUCCGUGAUGUUCCGAGUCGAGCCAAACGAGAGUCAAUCUCAGCCUUCAUGA